AUGGCUACACUAGAUCUCUUACCUGCAACUACAUAUCGACCGCCAUCUCCAGUACAGGUACAACGGAAACGGCGGUCACUUAAUACAAUAAUGGAAGAUGAUGAAGAAUCAACGAGAGGCUCAGCUAUGAUUGAGGGCCGGCGAAAUAGGGAUAGAUCACCUAAGAUGGCGGACUGGCUUUCCCCACUCAGCGAUCACUUUCCAACACCCAGAGGUAACCACUUCAUGUCAGCACCAAUUCCACCAUCAACGUCCUCCUCGGAUACAGAAAGCGUUUCUCCUACACCCUCAUCCGCUCCAUGGACGAGGGAUAGCUUUACUACGGAAGCCACCGAAUUUGACGAUAUUUAUGAUGUGUCAUCAGAUGAGGAUGCAAGAAUCAAGAACUCUGCUAGAAGGAGGAACAGUACUCGACAAUCCAAGCACGUCAAGCGCCACUCUGUCGAUUCGAACAAUAGCAGAUCAUCUCGAAGCUGUCUCCCCUCCCUGGUUAUUCCCUCUGAGGGUGAUCCAUGGCCAGGUGUUGCAGUAUUCAAGCUGCUAUCAUCUCCUGUACCACCGACGCCCCCACCGAAAGUUCCAAUGUCUCCUGCGAUAUUUUCAUAUUUACAGUCUCAAGAGGUACCGUCAUGCUCUGCUCCACCAUCCCUGGAUGGUAGUCUUUCAUCAGAGCAGAUGGCUGCUAUGUCUGCUCCGCCAACACCAGAUGUCGGGAGUGAGAAUGGAGAUGAUAGGGACGCCUGGGGUGGGGGGGUUCGGCUUCAACCUGGUGCAUUGGCAACUUUGGAAGCAUUAUCUGGCGGCGAAGAAUCAUUCGAGCACCAUGCAGAACAAGUCAUUGAAUUGGCGAAUGUUGAGCAACCCGUGCAAGAGAUGCAACAAAGACUGCCUCCGCUAGUCACUAAUAUUCGGCGGAACAACUCGAUUGUGCUCUCCCCAGAACAACAACGGGCUUUUAAUAGUUUGACAAGGCUUGAUAUACCCUCUCCCGGAGGCUUCUUCUCCACGUUAUCACAUAGCGCCAGACAUACAUGGCAUCUCGUCCCAUGUACGCCCGACUCGGCUCAUCCACCCUCGUCGACUACUGCCGAACACUUUUACAAAACACCUUGGUCGACACACCCGAUAGAGAGAAUUGUGGAGGUAUCCGAAAAGUCGGAAACAAUGUCAGAGGGCCUUCCAACGGCAAGACCAAAUCUGCCUCAACAGAACUCCGAUUCCACUAUUCGCCCAGAACUCACACCUCAGAAUUCUGAUGAAACUAUCAAAGUCGUUAAAGUACCCGAGCAUGUGGAAGAAGAUAUUGUUGUAGAUGAGAUUGUGAAAGAUUCGACUACCUACGCUUUGAAGCUACAAAAUUUGGCUGUUGAAAAUGUCGACCGCACCGGGAUGUGGCUCGCAGCCCAAAGCAGUUACUUGGCAGAAUUGAUUAAUCCUACAGAGGAACGCGACGACGAAGCUGCACUCCUCAAGCGUGUCGUAAGCACUAGAAGCCAGAGAGAAUCCAUCGUCCAAGCGACAGACAUUGAAGUCGUAGACUCCCACCCCCGCAAGACUGUGCGCUUUUCUGAGAUCAUCUCAACGACAGCUGCCAUUGCCUGCCCACUUCCAAAGAUCCAUCAGGAGUCAGCCUACUACCGAGCGUUCCAGAACUUCGUUGCCCGAUCAUGUUACCAAGAUACCUAUGUCCAUCGCAUCCCAAGAUUCGAAGCUCUGCAAGCCCAGCGCGUCUCUUUCCCUCUCGCGCACCGUGCUCAGCUCCUUGGGAAGUACCAGCUCAGCGUCGUGCCCAUGAGUGCUAAGCGCCGCAUGUCUGCCAACGUCGCUCGAGGCGAUGAGAUCACACCUGAAGACCCAGAGAAGCUGAAGCGAGACAGAGAGUACGAGGCACUUACGCAAAUCGCGCCCGCUGCAUGGAACAUCAUGGCCAUAAAGCUCCUCAACGGCGACCGCUUGAUCGCAGCACCGGUAGCGAAACGUCUCGCGCGACUCUCAUCCAUGGGACCGAAAAUGGACGGAACCCCGCGAGACCGCGCGCGCAUCCUAGAUCUCGGUGGCCAAGCUACGUGCGACUGGGCAUGGCACUGCGCGUCCGAAUACCCCAACACGAAAAUCUACACCAUCACCACGAAAGCCCUGCGCCAGCUCUCCAACUCCAACAUCCGGGGCCCCAAGAACCAUCGUCAGAUCGCAGUUGACCGUCUCACAAAGCUGCCAUUCAAAGACAACCAAUUUGAUCUCAUCUCCGCAAGGGAAAUCUACACGAUCUUGAAGCAGAGAUCCGAGCAUGGCCAGGAUGAGUGGGAUGUAUGUCUUAAGGAAUGCAUGCGUGUCUUGAAACCAGGCGGGUAUCUCGAGUUCUCAAUCAUGGAUUCAGACAUCGUCAACGCCGGCCCCCUCGGCCUAGCCAAGAGCGUAGAAUUCGGCUUCAACCUGAAAACUCUCGGCUACGAUCCGCAGCCUACGAAGCUCUGGCUGUCCCGCCUCAAAAACUCCGGCUUCACCGGUAUCAAGCGGGCGUGGACGUUCCUGCCCAUGGGCGCCAAGCUCUCGAACAAGAUCGUGAACCGCGAUAGUAUGGGCGUGGAGGUUAAGCUGGAGCUGGAGGCAAUGGUGACGGGCAGCACGGAGAACGCGGCGAGUAUUUGUGGGAUUGUGGGGGGUUGGGCGUGGGAGAAGUGGCUGUUGAGGUGUAAGGUGCAGACGGUGGGGAUGGAGGGUAAGUUGGAGGGCGUGCAGAAUAUCAUUGAGGAGGGCAGGGCUUGUGGUGCGGGGUGGAGGACUGUUAGUGGGUGGGCGAGGAAACCGUUGAAUUGA